UUUGCUGCAGAUACAGGAGUGCAGUAUGAAUGUGAAGAUGGAUAUACUGUAGAGGGAGGAGACGCCAAGAAAUAUGUCUAUUGCAUCACUGGAAGCUGGACUGAAGGCCCAGUGUGCAGCAGUGGACCGGGUACUGAACAUGGUGGUUCUGGAGGACAUGACACAUCUGCUGGUAGUGGGACACACCCUGACGGGCGAGUCAGCAAUUGUGGAAAACAUCCCGUAGUUCCAAAUGGCGAUUUUGUGGAAAAGACCGAAAUAUUUGUGCGGUACCAAUGCGCUAGUUUUUACAAACUAGUGGGUCCAGACACAGUGCAGUGUUACAGUGAUGGCACGUGGUCAAAAGUACCCACCUGCAAAGCCACCUUCUGUUCAGUGGACACUCGUCACGUCUAUGAAUUAAUAGAUGAUGGAGUUAAAUUCAUAAGAGAUGGUGACACAGUGAAAUUGGAAUGUGUGAAAAAGUCUCACCAGAUUAACAAUCACUAUGCUGUGAGCCGGUGCACUAAUGGAAACAUUUCCUUUUCCGAUUGUUGUGCCGAGUGGGAACGAAAGAUGAGUAUUUGUUAAGGCUGUAUCAUCAAGGGGAAGAUUCUGCUACCUUUGGAUUUGCUGAAAACAGCCUGGAGGUAACAGCCUCUCAAUAAAGUCUUGUGUUUCAACACUACUCUUUCUAGAUUGUGUCGGCAGUUUUUGAGUCUAAAUCACUUCAAAUUCAUCCAACUUUCAUCCAUAUCCACUUCCUCCUGUUCAGGGUCAUGAGACUCUUCCAGGUGGGAUCCAUCCUGCCGGUCUGUCACGAGCCUAAUGACUCACAAAUAUCAAUAUUUUCAAAUCAGAUUUUAUUGAUCAUGACACAAAGUUUGCGAAGUUUCAGAAUAUGAAGAUUAACUGUUUGGAAUUUAACUAUCCAACAAUUCAUUCUGAACAAAUCCAUCUUGUUCCACUUCAAUUAACAAGUCAUUUCAUUUUUUAAAUCAAAGUUCACAGACUUAACAUCUGUAUUUAAAUCAAGGUUCUUGCACACAUAGGCAAGUACAUCGACCUCUGAUCAUUGUACACUGCGUGUGUGAAAUAUGUUUCCUUGCAUCGCACAAUUACAAACCCAAAACCUUCGAGUGACAUGUUGUACAGACAGAACCUAAAUUACAAUACAUGUUAAGGCUACUUAAAGUUUAAUCAUUAUUACAAGGCUGCAACUAGCAAUUAUUGUGUUAUCUAUGAAUAUUUAUUUAUUUAUUUGAUCGUUUAUCAUAAGUUACUAACAAAAUCAAGAAGUUACAACCAAGAAGUUAUUGCUAUUUUUACUGGAUAAAUUACUCCAAUGAUUUAUCCAAUUUGCUAUUAAUUACUUUUCCGUCAAUCAACUGACUCCUUAAAAAUCAAAAAGCUUUGUCUCUUUAAAAAAAACACAUAAAACCCAAGUCAUUCUGUUCAGCCAUAACUCACUUUGAA